AACUUCACUAUAACUCGGGACUCCACCCUGAUUUAGAUACGACAGGUGUGUGCACAGUUUUUUGUAGGAGACUCAAAAAUGAAUGCGACUGAAUUUCAGCUGUCUCUGGCUGAGUAUGAUUUCGAGCGUCACUUUGAUGAGAGGUUCGCCAUCGAGUGGAUGCAGGGCAACUGGAAAAAGUCUUUUUUGUUUGGUGCUGUGUAUGUAGUGCUGGUAUUUGGUGGGCAGCACUUCAUGAAGGAAAGACAAAGACUUGACCUGCGUAGAGUGUUAAUACUGUGGUCCCUCAGUUUGGCCAUCUUUAGUAUCAUUGGAGCAGUGAGAACUGGGUGCUUCAUGUUGUACGUUCUCAGAACCAGUGGCUUUAAACAGUCUGUUUGUGAUCAGAGCUUCUACUAUGGGCCAAUAAGCAAGUUCUGGGCUUGUGCCUUUGUGCUGAGCAAGGCCCCAGAGCUAGGGGACACCAUGUUCAUCGUCUUGCGCAAGCAGCGGCUGAUCUUCCUGCACUGGUAUCAUCACAUUACCGUGCUGGUGUACUCCUGGUAUUCCUACAAAGACCAGGUCGCUGGUGGUGGCUGGUUCAUGACCAUGAAUUACACCGUGCAUGCGCUCAUGUACAGCUACUACACAGCUCGAGCUGCUGGAGUGCGUGUGCCGAAACCCUGUGCCAUCAUCAUCACUUCCUCUCAGAUUGCUCAGAUGGCAAUGGGGCUGGCAGUAAGUGCGCUAGUGUACCAAUGGAUGCAGGAUGGGGAUUGCCCUUCUUACAUAGAUAACAUAGUGUGGGCUUCACUCAUGUAUCUCAGCUAUCUGCUCCUCUUCUCCUCUUUCUUUUAUCAGUCUUACAUGAAGGGUUCAAAACGAGCCACAAGCAUCAAAAACGAGUGAUGCAUAGCUCUGAGGUUUGAAUACAAGAUUUUAUUUCUGAGGUUUACCUUGUUAAAAUUAAUAUUUAUUUCAUGAUUUAAGGCAAGGUAAACAAUGAAGAUGUUUGUAUGCUUUUAAAAAACAAA